UAAGAGAAAGUCAUCCGUAUGUAAAAGCUGUGAAGAGACUGGUAGAACUUGUGAUGGCUAGAAAUCUGAAUUUAUUGUUUUAUCCUGAAUGGUUGUAUAGACUGUCACCAAGUGGUAAAGAAUUUUUCAAUCUAUGUGAUUAUGUUCAUAAGUUUGCUGAAGAUAUUAUUGAAAAGAGAAAGCAAGAAUUGAUGAGCAAAGUCAGCAUUAACAAGAAAAGACAAAUGGAUUUUCUGGACAUUUUAUUAACAGCUAAGGAUGAAAAUGGCCAAGGGUUGACAGACAAGGAAAUCAGAAGUGAAGUCGACACAUUUAUGUUUGCUGGUCAUGAAACUACAGCCAGUGUUUUGAGUUGGAGUAUAUAUGCACUUGGUAAAUAUAAACACAUACAGGACAAGGUUUAUACAGAGGUCAAAAAGGUCAUUGGCGACAAACAGCAUAUAGAUGGUGAUGAUAUAUCAGAGAUGAAGUACCUAUCAUGUUUCCUUAAGGAGGUGAUGAGACAGUAUACUCCUGUUCCUCUCAUAGCCAGAACACUGGAGAAACCUACUGUAGUUAAUGGAGUAGAACUUCCAGAGGGAAUACUCACUAUACUAGGAAUACAUAGUGGACAUCACCACCCAGAUGUGUGGGACGAUCCAUGGGUAGGUACAAUACAUACUCAUAGCCAGAACACUGGAGAAACCUACUUACUCACUAUACUAGGAAUACAUAGUGGACAUCAUCACCCAGAUGUGUGGGAAGAUCCAUGGGAAUUUAAACCAGAAAGAUUUGAAGGCAGUAUACAACGUGACAUGGAUCCUUACAGUUUUACUCCUUUCUCUGCUGGACCAAGAAACUGUAUAGGCCAGUCAUUUGCACAGAGUGAAGAGAAGGUUCUGAUAGCCAGAAUUAUUAACAGAUUUGAAAUUUCAUUGGAUCCUAAUCAUAAAGUAGAACCUUUCAUUGAAUUUGUGAUGAGAGCUAAAAAUGGAAUGAUGGUCAGUUUUAAAGACAGGAGUUGACACAUGUAUAUGUUUAGCAUAGAUAUUUUAAAACAGAAAUGCACUUUUUGAUUUAUGACUGAUUCAGAAGAAAUUCCCUACAAGCUGAAGUGAUGAUUUUAACAUUUGUUGUCUCAGGGUAUUUGUGAUACUUUUUAUACAAUUAUUCAUAUGAAAUA